AUGGAUGGACGCUCCACCCCUCUGCUCCUACUACUUACCUUGGUCCUUCUCUUUCUUCGCGUCUCCGCUCGCGAAUUCCUCUCGCCGGGCUCCUCUAUGUCCGUAGAGGAUAGCUCCGACGUCCUCCGCUCACCGGAUGGUACUUUCACCUGCGGCUUCAACAACAUUUCUCAAACUGCCUCCAUCUUCUCCAUUUGGUACUCCAACACGGCUGAAAGAACGGUGGUCUGGAGCGCGAAUCAUCUCCACCCCGUUUACUUCAAGCGAUCCCGAGUCACGCUAGAUGCGGAUGGCCGGAUGGCCGUAGAAGACUACGAUGGCCGCCCCGUCUGGGAGAACAAUGUGUCGUCUUCUUCGAGUGCCCAGCAAGCUCAGCUGCUCGACACUGGGAACCUCGUCGUCAAAGGCCAAGGUGAUAUCAUUCUGUGGCAAAGUUUCCAUUCUCCUACCGACACAUUGCUGCCCUAUCAGAACAUUACUAGUGCUGCAAAGUUGGUAUCUGCUAGUAGGCUACUUGUCCCUGGCCGCUACAGCUUCCAUUUUGAUGAUGAACAUAUACUCACACUGUUUGAUGAUGAGAAGGAUAUCUCUUUAAAAUAUUGGCCAAUUCCUAGUAAUGAUAUAUGGACAAAGAAAAGAAAUGCCUUUAGUACUACCGCAAUUGGAGUCCUUGAUAGCUCGGGGUAUUUUCUUGGUAGUGACAACUUAACUCUUAAGGCUGUUGAUUGGGGUCAUGGGGUUAUGAGGAGACUAACGUUGGAUUAUGAUGGCAACCUUAGAUUAUACAGUCUAAAUAAGAUAGAUGGAACAUGGUCGGUCACGUGGAUGGCAUAUCAACAGACCUGCUGUGUUCUUGGUUUGUGUGGCAUUAAUGGAAUAUGUGUGUACACUCCCCAGCCUGCUUGUGCUUGUGCCCCUGGACAUGAGAUAAUCGACCCCAGUGACCGGAGCCAAGGUUGCAGACCAAAAUUUAAUCUCAGUUGUGAUGGACAGGAGAUGUUUCUGAAGCUACCCGCCACCGACUUCCAUGGUAAUGAUCUUAGAUUGAAUACCAUAGUUUCAUUUGAUGAAUGCAAGAAGAUAUGCUUGAAGGACUGCAAUUGCAAAGGUUUUGCAUACUGGCAAGGAACCGGGCUUUGCUAUCCAAAGGGGACCCUUGUUGGGGGUGUAACCGGGCCAAGUAUUGUUGGUGGUUCUAUCCAUCUCAAGAUUCCUAAGACGCUACAGGUCCCAAGGUCCUCAAUUCCUCACUCGCAACCUUUUGGUCCUAAAUAUGUUCCUAAUUGUAGUGUAAAGAGCAAACAUUUCACAGUAAACUUUGGGGAUCAACCUAAAAGCAGUCAAAAUGGAUCACACUCACAUUACCUGUUCUUGGCGUAUGGGUUCUUGUUAGCGAUAUUUUGUGUGGAGUUAAUAUUUGUGGCACUAGGAUGCUGGUUUUUGUUCAUAAGGGAAGGGAAAAAGUUAAUGGGGGUAUGGCCAGCUGAGGUUGGCUAUGAAAUGGUAACCAACCAUUUUCGCAGAUAUACUUACAAGGAGUUGCAGAGAGCAACUCAAAAGUUCAAGGAUCGAAUUGGAUGUGGGGCAUCUGGUCUUGUAUACAAGGGCGUCUUGAAAGACAAGAGGGCCAUAGCAGUGAAAACUUUGGCAGACAUACACCAAGGGGAAGAAGAAUUCCAGCAUGAACUGAGUGUGAUUGGAAGGAUUUACCAUAUGAAUUUGGUGAGGGUUUGGGGAUUCUGUUCUGAUGGACCACACAGAAUAUUGGUUUUGGAGUAUGUUGAGAAUGGUUCUUUGGAUAAAACCUUGUUUAGUAGUGAAAGGUUACUUGGAUGGAGUGAAAGAUUUAAGAUUGCUCUAGGGGUGGCAAGAGGAUUGGCCUAUCUUCAUCAUGAGUGCUUGGAGUGGGUUAUCCAUUGUGACAUCAAGCCUGAAAAUAUAUUGUUGGAUGAUAACUUGGAGCCAAAGAUCAGCGACUUUGGCCUUGCAAAACUUGUGAACAGAAGUGGAUCCAAUAAAAAUGUAUCAAGAAUUCAUGGAACUAGAGGUUAUAUUGCUCCCGAGUGGGUUUCUAGCCAGCCAAUAACAUCAAAGGUUGACGUCUACAGCUUCGGAGUGGUUCUCCUAGAACUACUCAUGGGGGCUCGUGUUUCAGACUGGGCAUCAAAUGCCGGCGAGGAAGUGGAAAUGGUCCUUGGAACGGUCGUUAGGAUGCUUACAAAAAAUAUGAUGCUGGAGGGAAGCCAACACUUAUGGCUUCCUGACUUCAUUGACUUGAGGUUGAACGGCCAGUUCGAUAGACUGCAAGCAAGAACGAUGGUCAAGUUGACUGUCUCAUGCCUAGAAGAAGACAGUAGAAAAAGGCCCACCAUGGAAAAUCUUGUACAGAUGCUUGUGUCGGUUGAUGAAGCUAGUGGCACAAUGCAGUAGUAUGGUGCCAACAAAAAGGGGGUUGACGCUUUACACAGCAUGCCAUAUAUGGUUAUUUUUUGAUCCAAAACAAGAUACUGGGAUGUGUAUCAUGUAUUAUUAUCGUUGUCAUUGUCAUUGUAGUUGUAUACUUAGUAAGUUUCACUUUUCUUUUGGUUCGUGCUAAACUUGUUUAGUACACCGAGUGGAGUCGUGUUGGGUGUGCCUUGGAAUUCUUCAACGAAUUGAACACCGAGUCGGUUUGUAAGG